AGGCGCGAACGAUGUUCAACCUCACCCGGGAGGACCUGCAAGAGCUCGGCGAGAACUUCAUGGUGAAGGCCAAUCCCUUCGAUUCGGAGCAGGCACCGUUCACGCAGUUCCCCUUGAAGGAUGUCGUUGCGCUUGCGCUCGCGAAGCACAGUGAGAGGGACUUGCUGGACCACUUUCAGCGCAAGUCGCCUCGCUGGCAGGCGCAGCGGGGUGUGUCCCGCAAGCUGUACGGCCUUGAGUCCGAUGAAGAGGCCGACCUGCCCUCGCGACGCGUGGGCAUGUCGCAGAAGAGAUAUUGGUACAACGCCCCCUCCACCACCACCACAGAGGGAUGGCAGUCUGUGAUGCAAGGCCUGAAGAGCAAUACCUGCAUUUGCCUCGUGAAGGGCGGGGUUUGGGUCUUCACCGGGUCCCACGCCAUUUUCGCAGACUGGAUGCACUCCAUCGCGGAUGUGGCGAACUAUGGGUACCGACUUAUGGAGCUGAGACGCUCUGGCAGGAAGCGAGACAUGGCGCAUCCCUACGGGUACGCGCCGCUGCGGUACAUUACCGCAGAUCGAUCUUUCGUGUUUCUCUUCUUCGUCGGGGGCGUGGUGCCCCUGUCUCUGGGCGUGCAAGAACUCUUGGCCGGCGCCGUUGCGCCGGCGGAAAACUUGCUGCUGCCGGCUGCCGUUUUCCUGGCAAGCGGCGUGCUGGAAGGCUCUGCCGUGAGGGCCGCGUAUCGGGAGAUCCUCUCCCAAGCGGAGCGGGAGAAAGUGGGCGCCUCGCCCGGAUCCGACCUGCGGCAGGUGGCCAAGUACCUGUCGCAGGGCAGAGAUGUGAUGUCCACGGCCACCUUCACGGAGGCCAGCAGCGGGGUGCUCUCAUCAUUUGUAGGGCUGAUCGGCUUGGGCCUGGCUUAUCAUCUCGAAAGCGCCGUGCCGGAUGUGGCCGCGGGGAUGGUCAUGGCCUCCAUGGUGAGCUGGGUGAGUGUGUUUCUGCUGGGGAAAAGUGGGCAAGCCUUGCUGGGGCAGACGCUGCCCCGGUGGCGCGUGCAGGCUCUCAUCGAAAAGCUUGAGGCUCACGACGUGGUCGUAAACGUCUACGACGUGAAGACAGAGCUGGUGGGGGUGGACACCGUGCGAUUCAAGGCCGAGGUACAGUUCAACCCGCAGGCCAUCACCGAGCGGAUCCUGCAGGGCUGGCCAACGACAGAGGAUCAGUCCGUGCCAGGCCAGACACUGCUGGCCCAUGCCAUGCUGGCUCAGCGGCUGCAGAGCCUGGUGCCGCGGUUGCAGCGUGGCACUGGCGAGGGAACGCUGGACGCCGCUUGGCUGUACAGCAAUAACAACGUCUUCUACGAAGCCUUGGCCUGGGAGCUCAAGGAUGUUGAGCGCAUCCUGAAGGCUGAGCUGCAAGACUUCAAGAACGUACACAUUGACCUGGAGCCAUGGUGAUUUCAGGCCUCGAAUCGCAUGCCACUUGGUCUCUCUGGGAUGGCAUCUUGCUUUUGCCGGUUAUACCGUAUACCGGUUUAAGCAGCGCUUCGGGCUUGCCGCCUGAAUUCUCGAAGUUCCCACAAGCAGGACACAGUUGCGGAGAGAUUGGCGCAAGUGGAUUGGAACAUCUGCAUGCAUCUAUUUGGUGGUUCAACCUACUUAGUAAGUAGGUCUAGCCAGGAUGCUGUUGG